UCAGACAAAUCAAAAUGUCUAAAACACAGAUAUGUCUUUGUUUCAUCAUAUUUUUAUACAUUUGGUCUUUAGGCAGUAGCAGAGAAGUUGCCGGUCAGUUAGAAAGUGAUUGUUUUUCAAGUGACGGACGUUCCAAGUCCAGUGGUAUCUGCUCGCCUCGUGCAUCUUAUCUCAGAAAAUUGGCCGAUGUUGCUUCAAAUGGUGAGUUGUUGGAUUGGCCAAAGAAUGAUACGCGUCGUUUCUUCCAUGUUGUCUACCGUGUUGGUGAUCUUGAUCGCACAAUCAAGUUUUACACUGAGUGCUUUGGCAUGAAGGUGUCGAGGCAAAGAGAUGUCCCUAAGGAGAAGUAUUCUAAUGCUUUUAUGGGUUUUGGAUCUGAAAAAUCCCACUUCGCUGUGGAGCUCACUUAUAAUUAUGGUGUUAGCUCAUAUGACAUUGGAGAUGGAUUUGGGCAUUUCACCAUUUCAACUCAAGAUGUUUACAAAAUGGUUGAGACCGUCCGUGCCAAGGGUGGAAAUGUCACCAGAGAACCUGGUCCGGUCGAAGGUGGAAGCAGCAUCAUUGCCAUUGUGAAGGACCCUGAUGGUUACCCUUUUGAGCUUAUCCAGAGAGGUCCAACUCCUGAACCAUUCUGUCAAGUCAUGCUUCGUGUUGGUGACCUUGACGGCGCCAUCAAAUUCUAUGAAAAGGCCCUUGGGAUGAGACUCUUGAGAAGGAUUGAGAAACCUGAAUACAAGUACACCAUAGGCAUGAUGGGAUAUAAUGAGUCGGUAGUUUUGGAGCUAGCCUAUAACUAUGGCGUGACUGAGUACAAAAAGGGCAAUGCAUAUGCACAGAUUGCAAUAGGCACGGAUGAUGUGUACAAAAGCGGUGAAGUUGUGAAGAUAGUCAACAAAGAGCUAGGAGGAAAUAUCACUAGAGAACCAGGACCUCUUCCUGGAAUAGGCACUAAGAUUGUCUCAUUCCUCGAUCCAGAUGGCUGGAAAACGGUUCUGGUAGACAACAAAGACUUUAUGAAGGAACUAGGGUGAGAUCACAGGGCUUCCAUUAAUUGAUCUUAUGAAAUAAAGGAAGACUUAGAAUAUGAUCUAUAAAAAUAAGUAGAUGUGGUUCAGUGUGUGUCAUGUGCUUGUUCUUUAUGUCUUUAAAUCCAUAUGAAAAAAAACUU